AUGGUCGCUAUUAGUGCAACACUCGGUGUGUGUUGGACACUCCUCUCCUUCGCAUUUUUUGUACUUUGUCGUUAUCUAAUACUUCCAAUCAGUCUUCUGCGUCCAGCAUCAACAAAAACCAAACGAACUGCCUCCAAAUCGUAUGUUCACACGUUUCUAACUUGUCCAGAUGAUCAACAAUGGGAACGAGUGAAUCUGCUAGUGAGUUGGAUACAUUCGUUCAUUACUGGGGUCUUAGUUAUAUACAGUUUCUGGGCAUAUGCACCACAUAUGUUUAAUGAUCUCGUUACUCAUGUAACUUUAGUGACAUAUUUGACAUGUGCAUUGUCUUAUGGCUAUUUUUGGUAUGAUUUCUGUGAUGUUCUAUCGAAUCGACGAGGAUCUGAAAUGAUGGAACUGCUGUUUCAUCAUGUUCUGACUCUGAUAUUCUUCAGUUUUAAUAUCUUUCGUGUCUUCAAUAUUGGUUACCAAAUGUUUGCGUUAAUAGCUGAAAUUAAUUCGAUCUUUUUACAUGCUCGAAAACUGUUUCACCUCUAUCAAAUUCCACGUGGUCAUAUCAUUGUACGUUUGAACAUGUUUUUGAAUAUUUUCACUUUUCUACUCUGUCGAAUUGGCAUGUUGAUUUUCGUGACAAUCUUUGUUUAUCAAGAUCGGUAUCGUGUAGGAAAUUUGAAUUAUAUGUAUGUGAUGUACGUUCUUAUUCCUGGCGUUUGGAUUAUGAAUCCAAUUCUUUUCUAUCGAGUUCUACGUACAGAUUUAUUCAAAAAACAUCAAUCAAAAAAACUUGUUUCGUGA